AAGCAGGAGUAGCACAUUCUGUUUUUGUCCCUCAGUGUGAAAGCUCUGCUCUUCCUGACAACAACACCUCAUCCUGUGUACAGAGCUUCCUCGGGCCUGGAUUAUUUCCAGUUCAGCACCAUGCUACUCCGGACUGUGGUUCUGCUCCUUCUUUGUGUGUCCACGGGCAUGUGUGCCUCGUUAGUUUCUUUACAGGCUCAGGAAAUGGAGAGGGAGAAAGAGGACCUCACUGAGAAGUUAGCUGUUGUUGCUGAUGCUGUUGUGGCAGCGGCAGAAGCAGAAGCAGCUGUGGAAAAAGGUGAAGCUGCUGCACUGGACCAAGCAAGUGACACACCUGCAGAAGAGAAACCAGAGGAGAAAAUAUUAGCAGUGGAUAACCCAGAGGCUGACAAACACAAAGUGAAGGAAGCUGAAGAUCCAGGAGAAGACAGUGACAGGUCUGCUGGAGACAGCCCUGCUGUGGAAGCUCUCGGUGUCAUCCAGGAGCUACCUUCUUCUGCAGAGGAGGACACUGAGAUCAAACCAGUCCAGACAAACCAGUCCUCCCACAGACCCUCAGUGAAACAGGAUAAUAACACUUGGGGCCUUAGCUCAAUUAGAAAUAGCUUCCAGGCUGCGCACGGAUACUUUGACUCCCUGGUGGAGCUGGUGGGUGGUCGCGAUGGUGUGUGUCAGUACCGCUGCAGAUAUGGAGAAGUUCCACAGCCUCGUCCUGGCUACCAGCUCCAGGAGCCCAACGGCUGCAGCUCCUCUCUGGUGGGAUUGCAGGUGAAUACUGCUCUGGACCUGGGGAUCCCUGCUAUGACUGAGUGCUGUAACCAGCUUGACAUGUGCUACGACACGUGUGGCACGAGCAAGUACGACUGCGACCUCGAGUUUCGCUCGUGUCUGCACGGCAUCUGCUCGAACCUGAAGAAGAGCUUGGGCUUUGUGUCGCAGGUGCAAGCCUGUGAGUCAGUGGCGGACGUUCUCUACAACACAGUGUGGACUCUGGGUUGCAGGCCUUACAUGAACAGCCAGAGGGCAGCAUGUGUCUGCGAUGGAGAGGAGCGGGAUGAACUGUAACACAGAACAUUAUGAACAUUUCCCUUUUUUUUUCUUUUUCUUUUUCUUUUUUAAAGACAAGAAAAGGUUAACAUGAGUUUUUGAUCGAUUAUUUUGUACUUCAAAAUAAUCACAGAAGAGGUUCCGGACCUCCUCGGCGUGACUUUGAUCCAAACUUGGUGGAGAGCAGUUUGUGAGCUUGUGGCUGGGCUAGGGUUUACAGUCAUGUGUAGGAGAUAUUUCACACGUGUCCUCUUUACUUUAAAGAGCCGUGUUGUAAAAAACAAAAAAAAAAAAAGAAAAGAAAAAAGACACAUACAUGGGAAAAGCAGAUUAAAAGUUUCUUGCAUUUUAUUCAUACAGAGUAUUAAAAAAAAGUCAGUUAUCUGAGCAUGAUUAUCAGAACCUCAAUUAACUGCUCAUGCAUAUUAUAGUCUCAAUAUUCCAUUUAAUUUUUAGGCCAUUUAGGCCUCCAUGACUCCAUUACCAUAAAUUACUCCAAACUAAUAUCUUUCCUGAUGGAACGAUAUUAGUAGUUCACUGUUCACGGGAAGACACAAGAUAAUUAUGUGCUGCUAUUUAACAUUUAUUAAAAACUGGUUUUGACAAUC